CAGCCUCGGCCAUUCCCUUUGGGUGGUCAUCCCUCCGUACAUGGUGGGAGCUCACGCGUUUCUGACGCUUCUCCUUGGAAGAGUGCUCAAGAGCCCUCAACAGCAAAAAAGGGGACUGCAAAUAUACCUAUAUGCAAGCCGAAGGAGAAGACAAAUGCGCUGUCAUGCAAACCUGAUGCUCCUUUCCCCAUGAGCCAGCCGAAGAAGAAGGCAAGUGUAGUGUCACGUACAGACACUGCUCCUUUCCCUGUGAGUCCUCUGGAAAAGUCAAAUCUUCCGAGGCAGCAACUCCUUGAACCUACGGGACCUAGCCCCUUUCCAUUAUCUUUGCACAAGCCCAAGCCUGGCCUCGCUCGCUCAGAGACAAUUGGAAACUUCCCUACGCCUUCCCCAUUGGCUUCCCCAGUACAACCACCCUCACGGGAUAAGGGGAAGAGACGUGCGCUAGCCUCUCAUCGGGACAAAGACGAUGUUGAACAUCGAGGUACUGUACGGACCAAUGUUGCCCUUAGACCCUUUCCCCGUGGGAUCAAGCAAAAUUAAGACUGCACGCCCUCAGUCGUCUUCGCAGAGCAUGAGGUCCAAGCGAGCUUCGGACAAUAGCGAUGAUGACCGCGGGCGAAAAGCUAAGAGGCAUAAGGAAGACAAUUCAAGGCUGAUCUUAGGAGAAGAUGAACACUUGGAUGAGGACUCCUUUGAAUUAGACAGAGUGGUUGAUCCUUCUACAGUUUGCCCGUACUGUGACGAACCACUGCCGCGCAAUCCAACUCCACAAUUGAAUAAUCUCUUGGCGGCUGCGAAGCGGAAGUCAUACCCAGACCCGCGUCCUCGAAAUUCUCGCGGGCUCAAGGCUCCUCUAGGAAUUUACAUUGCAGCUUGUCAGAGACAUCACUUCGAAACGCACUCCUUGCCUGAGGCUAUGGAGAAAGGAUGGCCGCAAAGUAUCGACUUCAAAAAGGUACCAAAGAGAGUUGAAAGGAUGAAGGGUGCGCUUGAGGCUAUAAUUAACGAUUAUGACAUCCACAGUGAGAAUGAGGAAUUUGUGGACGAUGACGUCGGGGGUCCCCGAGCACGAAGUGACUUCUGGAGAGAAAUCAAGAAACAAAUCAAGAAACAAGGCAGUCGAACGGUUACUGGUGUGAAGGGCCAGUUUGCCAAUUUCGAAAAGACUCAGCCUGGAUAUUAUGGUGAACUUGGCUUGUUAAUCAUACAUCAAACACUCUACAAUCUCUUCCCCUUGUCAUCAUUCGAACCUUCUUCGAUAGCCCCACUCACACCUGCGGAGUUCAUUCAGCUCGUACUGAUCCCCGAAGCUGCAGUAGGGCUCAUCAUGCAAGAUCUUUGUCUCGGUAGGGACGAAGCGAUUGUGACCCUCCGUGAAAGCUCGCAGUAUGGCGUUGCCAUGUUCCCCGAUACCGGUUCUGGGAAGGGCGCUGCACUUGGUGAUGAUGAUAACGACGAUGGGGGUGUUGCGGAUCGCAUUGUUAUGGAACGUGCUAAAGCCAGGAGGUUGGAGCUCGAGGAAGAAGAGAAGCUUGAGGAACAACUGUGGAAAGAGGAGCGGGCGAAGCGUAAAUGCGCGACGCAGAUGGAGAUGAAAGAGAAAGCUCUCCAGCGGGCAGAGCAACGGAAGAAAUCGAAGGAGCUUGCCCGGUGUUCCUCCCACGAAGCCAGCGAAGCGAGUGAGUCAACAACCCAACGCCGGCCGUUGAGGAACACUGUGAAGCCUGGGUCAAGAACAGCUACGGACUCUGGGACCGACGACAUGUCCGUGGAUAGUUCGACGAGCCAGCGAUCUACGCGUUCUAGAACGGGCGCUAGGAUGAUAUACCACAUGCCUUCUGACAAGUCUCAUUCUUCCAACAUGCAGGCUUCUGAUGACAGCACCGUAGAGAUUAUGGAUGAAUAUGAACAGCCGCGAGUCAGACGGUCAACCAAGCAUGCAGCUCAUAGUGCCAACGACAUUGGCCAACACUCUCAUGCUGCAUCGUCUUCGAAAACGAAACCUCGCACCAGGCGGUCGCAGAAUCUCAAAGGCAACGAUCUUGACGCAGAUGUUGACAUCAGCGAUACGCCUUUGAAACCUGUUCCCGAGAUUGAUGAAGAAUCUACUCCGCGGCCACAUAGGUCAAAAAUUCCAUCUGCACUACGCCUACACCCUACUUUAUCUAAAGCUACAACUCCAAUUCAAUUUCCUCUCCAAGUUGCUAGAUCAACAUCGACAACAAGUGCCACGUCGGACGACUGGCGUAACAAUCUCAUGCCUGGCGCCUCCGAAGCUGAGGAGUCAGAUGACAUGGACUCUUAUGAUUGGUUACUCAGUUCAACGUCGUCAUCGUCGUCGUCGUGGUAGCGACAGUAUUAUUGCACUGUCACUGACUCUUCUUUGCAAGGCUACAUAACAUUAAUUUUCAUUGACAAGUUCGAUUGCAUUGCAAUCAAUUGGACCAGAUUCACCUAAUUACUUACUGCCGGACAAUCACAGUAUUACUUAUACAUAAUACGUUGCACAGCCACU